GCUCGUAAGUUUCGUUUCUCUUGCCUCGGCGCCCCGCAGUCCCGACUCGGAGCCCUCUGCGCUGCUCGCGCUUCUUCCUCGGUAGCAGCGCUCGUCGGGCCCGGGAGGGGGGCCAUGGCGGACCCGGCCGUGUGCGGCUUCCUCACCGCACUCCUGUGCGCCCACGGGGGCCGCAUGGAACUCCAGGAGCUCCUCGGCCACAUCGAGCUGCCCGAGGCGGAGCUCCUCGAGGUGCUGAACGAAGCCGGCCCCGGGCGCUUCGUGCUCCUGGACCAGGGCCCAGACGCCGGCCCGACGGUGCUGGCCACCACCCCGGUGCGCGUGUGCCGGCGCAGGGCCUGCGGGGGCCCCUGCGAGGCCCUGCACCUCUGCAAGCUCAACCUGUUGGACAGGUGUCGCCGCGAGAGAAAUUAUUGCAAAUACUCCCAUGAAAUAUCAGAAAAGAACAUCAAAUCCUGAAAAAAGCACGAUCUCUCUGUACUCUCCAAAAAUGUACUAGCCGUUCUUCUUCUCCAGAGUGACCCUCUUUUCCUUCCUGAUAUAUGCAAAUACUACAAGGGAGAAAACAGGCUUGACUCUUGCUCUAGAAGCAGAAUGAUGAAACUCCACAUCUGUGAACACUUCACUGAGGGAGAUGCAGCUUUCCCCUGCAAUCGGUCCCAUAACCUGUUGGAUGCAAAGGCCUUGGAACUUCUCAAAGAAGAGGGUCUGACCCUCUCAGUAGUGAGAAAUAUCCAGGACAUCUGUAAUCAGAAGCAUGCCAGGAGUAAAAAGCUCCUGUUUUCCUCAGGCCGGCCAGAAGAAAGAAAUGUAGGAAGUAGAAGCCAAAGUAAAAAUCAGUAUUUUUUCGGGAGGCAAGAAUUGUCUCCAUCUCCUUCUGCCUCUAUUGGAACCGCCCACAUUUCAGAACCAGGUACAGCAGGCCCAGCACCAUCGCCUUCCUCCAAAGGCAAAGUGGAUGAGAGUGAAGCCACCAGGAAUAACCAUGCUUUGAGUCGAGAUUGUGUCCAGUUAGCUUCAGCAUCUCCCAAGACCGUCAGUCUUCAAGGAGUGAGUCAAAUUGGAACAAACUUGAGUUCUGCAGUAACUGGUCGUAGAGAAAGCCGCUAUGGGAGCCAAGAUAGUAUGCAGUACGCUGCCUCCAUCUCUCCACCGGCUUCAGCUGGCCAGGGAGUCCUACUCCCAGGGGGUGGCCGUGUUUCCAGUAGACGGAAUGUGUUCUUUGGGAGUGAAGCUGACUCCUUUUCUGAUCCAGAACCCAUAACCAUUAGCAAAAGUGGAUCAGUGCCCUCCCACAACUCUGCAAAUGGAGAAGAUGACUAUGGAAUUCAGAAGGCCUAUUCUUCACCUGCUUCCAGUAAAAUGAUUGACAGGUGGGGCAUGGGAAGCAAUGCUGUGGUGUUUUCAAAAUACAAACCAGUAAUGAAUCUCAAGAAAGAGGAAUCCUCAUCUAAGAGUAAAGACAACCAGUCCACACUAAUAAAUACCCAAAUGGCUAAGACAAAGACACUGAUAGAUGAACUGGAAACUCCAAAUGCAAAUAAUGUAGGUGUUGAUGAAAAUGUUAUUGUGAGAUCAGGAAAAUCCCAUAAUAAUCAGGAACAGCAAAGGGAAUCGAGAGCAUGUGUGGAUAAACCCAUGAUAGUGAACUUGGAUAGGAUUACUAGAAAUGACAGAGAAGAGUCUUUUUGUGGGUUACAGAGUAUCCGGGCCUCUCCCAUGUCUGAUGCUGCAACCACCCAUGUACGACCAAAAGCAUCAUCUACAAGUAAUGUCAUCCAGGGUGGAGUUCAGAAGGGCAAUUUAGCCCAACAUUCUUUACCAACAGUGAUGCAAGCUACCUCUGUCUCUACAUCAGCCUCAGACCACAAGGAAACCACAUCUACCUUGAGCAAACCAGCUAUCCAUCUGAAGGGGCUGUCUGGUAGCCAAGUGGGGUUUGUUUCUACCUCCAGUUCUAGUCAAACUCCUGGCACUUUGACCACAAAUAAAAGCAGAGCUGUGUCUCCUUCCAAAAGUACAAAUGCACAGGAUUUCAAAGCUAGGGUUUUUAACACAACACCUUCAGGAAUGAAGAAUAAUGACUCCAAUGAGAUUUGUCUUGACCACCUCAUUUCAGAUUGUAAACUAAAGAAUAGCUGCAAGUCUGUCCACUUUCAUCUGCCCUACCGAUGGCAGGUGUACAUUUCUGACAGCUGGAAAGACUUGAAGGACAUAGAGGAGAUCGAGAAAGCUUACUGUGACCCAAGCAUCUCCAAAAGUCACAGUAUUGACUUCCAGAAAAUGCUACUUGGCUAUUAUCCUGUCCGACGUCUCUCUACUCCAUCAACUGUCCAAAACCCUGAUCAUGUCAUGACCACUGAUUGGCACUGGUAUUGGAAGAAUGAACUGGACCAGUGGAUUGAAUAUGGAAAAGAUGAGGGUUCAGAAUUUAUUUCUGAAGAUCUGGAGUCCUUAUUUCUGCUCUGUCCAGAGGAAUUUGUGGAAUUUUCAGAAGGUCGUCAUAAGUAUAAACUAGACUUUAACGAAAUGACCCAGACAAACAUAGUCACUCGUACUAAAAGGGAAGUCCGAAGGCGGCCUAAAUUUGUGUCCUCCGUAACUGUGUACUGGAAUCAAAAACAUGAAAGCCAAACCCAAGAGCAGAGCAAGAAAGUUUCCUUCAAUUUUCCUUCACACUGGGACCAGUUGAACCUGCCACAUACGGGAUAUAAGUUGUUACAGGUCAUAAGGACAUCUGUUGAGUAUAUUAAUAUCAGUUGCCUCUUUAAAACUACCAUGAGAAAUUUUGAAAUUCAGAAGAUAAUAAGGAUUCAGAACCCAUCGCUCUGGAAUGAUUUUCAGAGGAAGAAGAAGAAAAUGUUGAAUGGGGGGAACGAAAAGAUGUUAUUUCAUGCAGCAUACCAAUCCAGCAUAGAUUCAAUUUGCAAUUACAAUUUUGACUGGAUCUUUCAGUCACUUCAGAAAGCAAAAUAUGGGAAAGGUAUUUACUUUGCAAAAGAUGCCAGCUCUUCCCACAGCAAUCACAAGAGCAAAGCCAAAAACAAGAUCAUGUUUGUCGCCCAAGUCUUGGUGGGAGCAUUUGUUCAAGGGAAAGCAGAGUACACUAAGCCUCCUCAAGAUUUCACCACAUAUGACAGCUGCGUAGACAAUAUGACCAAUCCCUCCACUUUUGUCAUCUUCGAUAAACAUCAGGUUUACCCUGCGUAUGUCAUCGAAUAUACAGAUAUUGAUAAAGGCUGUAGCAUUAGUUAGGAAGGAAGAGAAACUUGAUUGCGUUCAAAAAUGCCAGAAUUUUUUUGUAGUGUUAGAACCAAGUUCCCUAGGAUAAUGGUGAAACUUUAUGCCCAAGCCUGAUUAUUCAAUGAGGUAUAAAGCAUUUGUUCCCAAGUCUUUGGUUUUCAUGAUUGCUAGCAUUUUCAAAGAGGAAAAUCCCUGCCUAUUAUUAUUGGUUUGGUUCUGUGAUAACCUUUGCAGCCUCAUGUCCCUAGUGUACUGUAUAGGGCUAAUUUUUGUGUAUGGUAAAUUUAAAUUGAUUUGGAAAAUGUUAGACUAUCCAUUGAGAUAUGUACAUAAGUCCUGAGGCGUUUUACAUCCAAGGAUGGGAAUUCUGGCUGUAGAGCUGAGACUCUAAUCUUUGAAAUUCUGAAAAUUAUUUCUAUUAAGUGUGCUGUUGCAAAUUCACAAUUAUGAUAAGUUCUACUUACAUGAUACUUUAAACCUGUGAAUCAGUAAAUAAAAUUCAGAAAAUAUUGGAAAGGGAGAGAAAUAAUGAGGACAAAACAAGGGAAAACUUCUCAGAAAAGGGAACAGCAAAAGGGUAUUACUUAAAAUAAGAGAUUAGAGCCAAGCAUGGUUGGUACACUCCUGUAAUCCUAGCUACCAGGGAGGCUAAAGCUGAACUCAGUAUUUACACUGAGUUUGGCAUUAAAUUGGUGAGCCCCUAUGAGUGGAAGGCAGGGACUGCUAGGUUGCCUAAGGAGGGGCAAACCAGUGCAGGUCAGAAAUGGAGUUCCCAUGCUGAUCAGUAGUGGGAUUGGGCUUGUGAGUAUCUCCUACAUUUGGAUAUAAUGGAGAGACCCAAUCUUUAAAAAGAGACAGAUGGAAAGAAAGGGUUCAGUAAGGGGUGGGAGUAGGAGACAGGUAAAAACAAAAGUCAUCAAUAAACUGUUUCUCAAGAGGAAGUUGUAUCUCUAAACAUCUAAAACACAGUUAUUAGCCAAGCUACAUAAAUUAUUCUCAAAAA